UCCGUAUGCGUCAUCCCGCCCGAAGUACGGGGGAAGUACAUGAUCUCUUCGCUUUCAAGCGCUGUAAAAUUUUCAAAUUAUCGGAAUCGCACGCUAACAGGUCUUUUAAACUUCUCAAUCUAAGCCUGUCUUAGGAAAGGGCGCGACCCCAUUUGGAUUCCGGGCAGUCUUCUGAUUGGUAAAAGGAGAAGGGUCCUUGUUUGUUACUUCCCAUCUCAUAAUGGCUAUCUAAGUAACUAAAGUUCCGCCGGUCCCCUACAAAUUCCGCUCUAAAAAAUUACGGGUAUGGACGGCAAAAAAUACUAACACUUACAUCCAAAAAAAAAAAAAAAAAGUGAAUGAGUAAUAAUAAAUACCUAAACAAAAGUCCAAACACUCAACAACCAUGACGAACAACAGUGCAAGCAACACCUCGGCGCCUUCUAACGGUACGGCAUUGCCAUCCUUCUCCAAGUCUGACUUCAUUGUCAAGGCAGGACUGGCACAGAUGCUUAAGGGUGGCGUCAUCAUGGACGUGACAGACGCCGCCCAAGCACGCAUCGCCGAGGAGGCUGGUGCUUGCGCCGUCAUGGCUCUGGAGCGUGUCCCGGCUGACAUUCGGGCCGAGGGCGGCGUGGCACGCAUGUCGGACCCGGCCAAGAUCAAGGAAAUUCAGGAAGCCGUCACUAUCCCCGUCAUGGCUAAGGCCCGCAUUGGCCACUUCGUCGAGUGCCAGAUUCUCGAAGCUCUCGGCGUGGACUACAUCGAUGAGAGUGAGGUUCUUACCCCCGCUGAUGACCUCUACCAUGUCGAAAAGAGCGGUUACAAGGUCCCUUUCGUCUGUGGAUGCCGGAACCUACCCGAGGCCUUGAGGCGUAUCGCUGAGGGUGCGGCCAUGAUCCGUACCAAGGGUGAGGCAGGCACGGGAGAUGUCGUCGAGGCUGUCAAGCACAUGCGCACCGUCAACCGAGACAUUGCAAGAGCGAAGGCCACGCUUCAAGAAGGUGGUGAUUUGGCCAUUAGGGCUUUAGCGAGGGAGUUUGAAUGCGAUGCUGCAUUAUUAAAGCAAACGGCAGAGUUGGGACGAUUGCCUGUGGUUAACUUCGCCGCUGGUGGAGUCGCAACGCCGGCUGAUGCCGCGCUGAUGAUGCAGUUGGGUUGUGACGGCGUCUUCGUCGGUAGUGGCAUAUUCAAGUCUGGAGACGCGGCCAAGAGGGCUAAGGCUAUCGUAAGGGCUACAACGCAUUACCAAGACCCCAAGGUGUUGGCGGAAUGUAGUGAAGGUCUCGGGGAAGCGAUGGUCGGCAUUAGCGUGAACAGCAUGAGACCUGAGCAGAAGAUGGCCGGAAGGGGAUGGUAAUCGGCUACGAUGUGCGGUGGUACCCCUAGAUUUCAACAAUUAUACCAUGUUCAAUCAGGAAGAUGGUGGAGGGUGGCUAAAGACGAAGUUCAAUGGCGCGGAUUUUAAAAAAAAAGUAUCAGAGCAAUGAUAUUAUGCUGAUGUAUUCUGCGGUGGCGUAGUUAUGUCUUCCUAGCCUAUCAACAGGGCUAUUAACUGACAAAAGUCGGAUAGCCACAAUUCA